GGUUUUAAAGACUGUCAUAAAGGCGUCGUGCACACCAGUCUUUGUCUGUCAGUCAGGAGUCAUGUUUCUCACGCUCUGUGCGCUUUUCGUCCUGUCAGCGUGUCUUCACUGCUGUGAUGCUCAGCUGCGUCUUGCAUCCUACUAUGGAGACCACAUGGUGCUGCAGAAGUCUCCAGCUCGAGCUGUGCUGUGGGGAUACGGCCCUGAGGGCGCACACGUCACCGUCUCCCUGUCAGGACCUACACAGCAGAGGACCUCACCAGUCACCGUGACAGAAGGUAUCUGGCGAGUCACCCUCGACCCUGUUGAACCUGGUGGUCCCUACAUGGUGAAUGUGUCUUCAGAGACCAGCACUGUCAAUAUGACAGAUGUGCUGUUUGGAGACGUUUGGCUGUGUGGAGGACAGAGUAACAUGCGGUUCCAUAUGUCUACGAUUUUUAAUGCAUCGUCUGAGCUGGCUCUUACGCCGAAGUAUCCUCAUGUGAGGCCUUUCCAGGCAGCUACGAAAGUCAGUGAGACUGAACUGCUUGAUCUGAUUCAAGUGCAGACUCGAUGGGCCGUGCCCACAGCUGGCGGCCUGUCUCAGUUUUCUGCUGUGUGUUGGCUCUUUGGACGUUACCUGUACGAUGUCUUGAAGUACCCCAUCGGACUGGUGGAGUCCUGUUGGUCAGGCACAGUAGUGGAAGCCUGGUCGUCUUCAAGGGCCCUUCAGGAGUGCGACUUAGAGAGAGUGAAUAGCAACGCCGUAAAUCCUCACGGUCCGAGAAAAAAUUCUAUUUUGUGGAACGCAAUGAUCCAUCCACUGCUCAAUAUGACCAUCUAUGGAGCCAUCUGGUACCAAGGGGAGUCAAAUACAGGUUACCAUCCCAACCAGUACAACUGUUCCUUCCCUGCUAUGAUCGAUGACUGGAGGAUGGCAUUUCACCAGGGCUCGGGUGGGCAGACGGAUCCAGACUUCCCCUUUGGCUUUGUCCAGCUUUCAACCUGCGCAAAACACACCUCUUCUGAGUCUUAUUCAAAUCUCCGCUGGCAUCAGACGGAAGACACUGGCUUUGCGCCAAACUCAAAAAUGAGGAAAACCUUCAUGGCUGUGGCUUUAGAUUUACCGGAUGAAACAUCACCUCGUGGACCGAUCCAUCCUCGAGACAAACAGGAUGUCGCCUACAGGCUGAUGCUGGGCGCCAGGGCAGUGGCCUAUAACCAAACAGAUGUGCUCUUCCUCGGUCCUUUCCCCAAAGAAAUCCAACCUCUUCAAAAUUCCAUCGAAAUUGUCUAUGACCAAGAAGUCUCUGUCACUCAAUCCGAAGACAUCUAUGAGAUCUGUUGUUCAACGACUCGGGCUGCAUGUAGCCUUCAUUCCAGUUGGGUUCCAGCUCCCAUACUCAGCUGGGCUUUAGCCUCUGUCCGGAUAUCCACCGCUUCGUGUCAAGGCUCUGCUGUUGCCGGUCUUCGAUAUGCAUGGCAGAACUGGCCCUGUGAUUUUAAAGCCUGCCCAGUUUACAGCAUCAACAAGGUUUUACCUGCUCCUCCCUUCAUUUUCUAUUACCCUCAAGGCAACAACUGAGUCUGGUUGAUAUUGCCCUGGUUGGAUUACCAUAAUGUUCAUUUAUCUGUGGGAAGUUAGUUUUAUUAUUAUUAGUAGUAGUAGUAGUAGUAUUUCUUUGUGUUUUGUUGAGGAAUGAACAAAGCAUGAAAUUUUUGGUUGGAAUUUCUGAGGUCUGGAUGAAACCACCUUCCUACCAGAAUCAGAGUGUGAGAGUAACACCAUCUCUUCAUGUUCAUAUGUCAUUUUGGAUGAAAGUGGACUUCAUGCUGAACUGGUAAGCUUUUCAGGGAAUCAGUGAGAGUUAUCGAAGGGGACAAUCACAUCUACUCAGGGUUGCCUUCUAUUUACCAUGAUUAUGCUGUAUGUUGAUUGGUUGGGCUGAAUUUAAUCAGUAUUUGUAACUGCUGGACUGCUAAUAAUGUGAACACCUCAAACAGGGAAUGCUUUUAAAAUUAAACUGUGCGCAACAUAAA